AAUCACUUGGAAACUAUUCGUUUAAUAAGGUGUUUGAAUUAUUCAUUGGUUUAAUACGGUUUUUAGUACACUUUUAAUCAAAUUUGUAUGGACAAAUAUUAAAAUAUUGAUUGAAAAUAAAUGGUUUGUGACAAAAUAUAAUCAACAAGACAAAAGAAAAUCACUUCAAAAUAUUUCGUUCAACGAGCCAGUCAAAUUAACCAUAGUCUUCAAAAGUUAUAAAAUGAAACUUCUCUGUGUUUUAAUAUCAUUUUUCUUUUCAAAUGUUUCGGCAGAAAACACGGACUCCCCAUACGCAGGGUCGGUCGCCAUUACAAACAGACACAUCCAGAUGGCUUCUGACCAUUACUAUGAUCCAGAAGAAAAUGGAUUGGAGUAUGUAAUUAGUAAAAUUGUUGAUGAAGAUUUAUAUAAUAUAGAGACUAUGAGUUUGAUGAUCGUUUUACCGGAACUUGCAUUAACUGAUAAGAUAGAAGACGAACAAGAAUCUUUGAUUAAACAGGAAUACAUGCAAAGAGAAAUAUCUCAAAACAUUUAUAUUCCUGUGCCUGAUGCACCGGAUGAUACAGAAAACAGUUUUGAAGAUUUAAAUUUGUUCAGUCUUGGAAAUGACAGAAGAAGUCUUACUAGAAAAGCUUUAAAAAAUGUAAUUCUCCAUAAAUUAGCCGCAGCUGCAUUUGAACCACGAAUAAGCCAAAUAGGGGAGAUGUAUCGUGUUUUUAAGUUGUGUAAUUUGUUAGCAAUGUGGAUAAGUACAUACACUACAUUAUUAACAUCUACUGAUGUUAAUAAUUCUAUUGAUCGCAUUUGUAUCUUAAACGAUGAAUCCAACCAAGUUACAAAAUACAGAUCUAUUGAGGGCACAUAUUAUCAAGUAGACGAGGUUAUCGUCGAUGUACCAUUAAUAAGUCUUGAACAACUGCUGAUGGACAGUGAAUAACGUGAAAAAAUUAUGAAGAAUUUAUGGAACAUAUUUUAUGAUUUACACUCAUUAUAUAAGGUAUAACUCCUAUAAAAUAUUUUGUGUGCACUUAUAUACUUUAUA